CGCGUGUCAGCCGCACUGAAACGCAAAACCUUUCUGGGAAACAAGAUUCCUGGAACCUUUUGUCAGCUUAACGCGGUCUCACUUGUUUUCUGCGCUCGUGUUUCAGUGAAUUAGGAGCCACAGGAGCUAUUUGUCGUGAUUGUUUCUUCAAACUUUAUGAUUAAUCGUGGUCAAAGACAUGGUUACCACGGCCCAUCCUGUGGACCCCGGUCCAUGCAGCCCACAUGAUGAGGAUAUGUCCUGCAUCGCCACCACCUUCCACUAUUUACACACGUCAGGCUGGUACUGGGGUUCCAUCUCGGCGAGACAGGCUCGGGACAAACUCCUGGCCAAGUCUGAAGGCACGUUCCUGGUGCGGGACAGCAGUCAUCCUAAAUACAUGGUGGCGCUGUCAGUGAUGACCCACUGUGGACCGACCAGUGUCCGAAUACAGUACAAGAGAGGCUCUUUCUGGCUGGACUCCCUCAGUCCUGAGCUGCCUCACCUGCAGUCCUUCCCCAACGUCGUCAGUCUCAUCCAGCGCUACACUGGCUCGGGACACGCACCGCAAGGCCAGACGGCGUCCAUCGGGGACAAACAUGUCCAAUUCCCCCCCGCCAAGGACAGCGCUGUGAUUCUGAAGCUGAUGCGUCCCCUACGCAGGCCAGAGACCUUCCCACGUUUGCAGCACCUGGCACGCCUCACCAUCAACCAAAAUACAAACUGCCCCGACAAACUGCCCCUCCCGAAGCCUCUCCUGGACUACUUGCAUGAUUACCCUUUCCACAUCUGAGGGUCUCAGUAGGCUGAGAUGGGGAUACAUGCGGGGUCAUCGACUCACUUCAUCUGAGAGCCCAGGCAGUCGGUAUUGUGAGAUUAUUCUAACAUUUGCUCAUGGAAAAAAAAAAAAAAAGUGUCAUACUACUGUUGUCCUCCUGAAUUGCUUUGUUUCAUUUUGAGACACAAGGCUUCUGUCACUAUCCUCAAGCCUAUUUCGUUUUGCAAAAUAAAUGUUUUGGCCAUCAAUGGCAAGCAGAUUACGCUAUGUGAAACACUGUAAAACCCUUUGUUUACUUACAUGUGGAAUUAUAUACAGUGGAGCCCCGCAUAUUCACGGGUCAGCACCUAUGGAUUCACCUGAUCACGGAUUAUUUUUUCCAUUUUUUUAAACCCCUGUUUUUCCAAAGAAAAUGCUUAUUGGUGGUAUUUCUCUGCUAAUUCCAGAAUUUUCCUACUCCCCACGAAUCGCGGGGAUCAACUGUAGUCUAAAACACUGUACUGUGUUUGUCCUUUCCAGUGCAUUUUUGACAAAUAAACAAAGGCAUGGCCGACUGGU